AUGAAGAACUUUGUUCAGUCUGUGGAUUACAACCUUUGGAAGAUAAUCAUAAAUGGUCCUCAAAUUCAAACCAAAACAAGCGCUGAAGGUGUUGUUACUCCUAAAGCAGAAGCAAAAUGGAAUGACAACGACAAAAAAAAUGUGCAACUCAAUUUCAAGGCUGUCAACAUACUAAAUUGUGUCAUCAGCUUCGAAGAAUACCGAAAGGUUUCUAGAUGCAAAACAACAAAGUAUAUCUGGGAUAAGCUCCAAGUUACACAUGAGGACACCACAAAAGUAAAAGAAACAAGGAUUGACAUGCUGAGUAAGGAGUAUGAAAUAUUUACUAUGAAGGAAGGAGAAUCAAUAGAUGAAAUAUUUGAGAAGUUCUCUAUCAUCAUAAAUAGCUUGGAUGCUAUGAAAAUUACUCAUUUCGAACAAGUGUUGGUGAGGAAAGUUCUGAGAAGUCAGACAAAAAAGUAG